AUGGCUCCUGCAAACCUUGAAACCGAGGACCAUACUCGCGAUGCCGCCUUCAACAAGGCCAUGCACAAGGACUCGUCCAAUGCCCAGGGCGGUCUCUCCGCGUUGAUGAAGAAGGACAAGACUGCCCAAAAGGCCGCUGUCGAUGAGUAUUUCAAGCAUUGGGAUGACAAGACUGCAAAGGACGAGACUCUUGCAGACAGAGAUGCACGAAAAGCCGAAUAUGCCACCCUCACAAGACAUUACUACAAUCUCGUCACCGAUUUCUACGAGUACGGCUGGGGGCAGUCCUUCCAUUUCUGUCGCUUCGCAUACGGCGAGCAGUUCCAGCAAGCCAUUGCCCGCCACGAGCACUACCUUGCUGCUAAGAUUGGCAUCAAAGAUGGAGACAAGGUUUUGGACGUUGGAUGUGGUGUCGGCGGACCAGCUCGAGAGAUCGCAAAGUUCACCGGAGCACACAUCACCGGGUUGAACAACAACGACUACCAAAUUGAGCGCGCAACAAAAUAUGCUCAGCUGGAAGGUCUAUCACAUCAGCUGAAAUUUGUGAAGGGUGAUUUCAUGCAAAUGUCGUUCCCAGCCAACAGCUUUGACGCUGUCUACGCCAUUGAAGCCACUGUCCACGCACCCAGCCUGGAAGGUGUCUACUCCCAAAUUUUCCGGGUCCUGAAGCCCGGUGGCGUUUUCGGCGUCUACGAAUGGCUCAUGACAGACAACUACGACAACACGAACGAGCGCCACCGCGAGAUCCGUCUCGGCAUCGAGCAGGGCGACGGUAUCUCCAACAUGGUAAAAAUUUCUGAAGGUAUUGCAGCCAUCAAGGCUGCUGGCUUCGAAAUGAUGCUGCACGAGGAUCUCGCAAAGCGACCCGAUCCCCGCCCAUGGUAUUACCCCAUUGCCGGCGAUAUGUCUAUGAUGGGCUCGAUCGCAGACUUCCCAAGAAUCGUCCGCAUGACGAAGAUUGGCCGUGGCAUCGCCCAUAAAUUUGUCGGCGCCCUUGAGACCAUUGGCAUUGCCCCCACCGGUUCGCAAAAGACAGCCGACAGCAUGGCCCUGGCUGCUGAUUGCUUGGUUGCUGGCGCAAAGGAAGAUCUCUUCACUCCCAUGUACCUGAUGGUCGCACGGAAGCCUCUCGCAUAG